AAAAUAUUAUAGAAAAUGAGUAGGCUGUUCGAGCAAUUUCAGAAGAAGAACACAGUUCCAAAGGUGUCAAAAGUCAGUUCGAAAAGCAAGCCUGAAGAAGUUGUGAUUGCUAUCAAACUCAAGAGCAACGCUGAUAAGCGAACAGAACUAGACGACAACUUUGUUAAAGUGAUCGAGUACGAGUAUGCUGUGAAGUAUCUUGAAAUUAUGGGUGUGAGCCCCUCUCCUAAAAUGAUAGCAAUGCUGUUAAAAUAAUCAUCCAUUAUCAUCAUGAGAACUCUCUUCAGGCUGGUCCAAGACAGGUUGGCUAGCAGAUGUGAUCUACAUUUACCCUAAUAAAAAGGCAAAGCAGAAUAAUUAGGGAGGAGGAGUCCAGAGGAUUCCCUACAAAGUCUGCCUCUCAACCUGAGUUAGGCAGGCAACAAAAUAAUUUAGCAAGUGAUAGCAAGAUUAAGCCGUACAAAAUUAAUGUUGAUAAAAUCAAAGCUGAUCCAUCUAAGAAAGAGGACACCGAACGAGCAGGAGAAUCCAAGAAGAAGGAGCUUAAUAUGGAUCCUCAGUACUGGCAGCAGAAAUUUUUGUAUCCCUUUUUGGUCAAAGAUGAUCUGGAAACAGGAAAAUUUAGAAAGCCAAAAGAGAAAAUUUUCAUGAAGACCCAGCCAAUUGAUAAAAAUCUAAAAAAUGAGUUCUCUUUUGAUACGAUAAUUGAUGAUCCUGAACUUAAAUUCCCUUUAAACAAGUUACAGAAAGGAACUGAAGGAGUCUUAGAGGAGCUUCAAGUCCCUUUGCAAGUAAAAAUAGAGGACAUAAUUCUUGACAUAAAGAAGUUUGCCAAUAGAUUUCCCAAAGAAUACAUCCCUCAUUUGAAUGAUACUCAAGUGAUAGAUAAAGCUCAUAAUUUCAAUCGUUUAGAUAAGGGGAUACAAUCAAUUCCAGUAGAAACUCUUAAUGAGAUGUUUCCUAACAAUCCGACUUUAAUCAAGAAAUUCUUGCAUUCCAUGAAUAAGAAUGUUGAGAAUAAGCCAAGGAUGAUAGCAAAGCCAACUCUUACUGCAGAUGAUAUCAUCAAAGCAUUGGAUGAAAUAAAUUCAAACAAAUUUGCUAGAUUUACAGGCUUGAUUUGCCAUCUCGUCUACUGGUCUGUCUUUGGAGAGAUCAACCAGGUUCCACUCGAGGACUCAUACAAGAAGGAUCUUUAUAUUGAGACUGUACAGGUCAAGACUUAUUUUGAAACGAAAUAUGCAGGGAAGAAGAAGUUUACCACCCUUAUUAUGCCACUAAUCCUACUGGCUCUUCGUGUAAUGAUGGAGAUCAUCUUUAAAAAUGCUUAUCCACUGUUCUUCUCAGAACCUCUGAAUGAGAAGAUUGGGAUGAAACAUAUUAACCUGGUGAUAACCAAGUUAUUAGAUCCAAAUCUUUUCUGUAGUAGAUUCAGUUUCUUUGAAUCUGAUAAGGAGUCUAUAUCACUGAAAUAUGGUCAAAAUAAGAAAGGAAUAGGACUUUCUGCCCUUAAAGCAAAAUAUAACGGAAGAAGUACCCUAAUGGAAACUCUGAUUCCGGUACCUUCAGAAGGAAAGAUUAGAAAAAUGUUCAAUGGUUAUCAACCAAGUGCUUCUUCUCAACCUAAAUUGCCAGGGAUUAAGAAGUCUCAGUCUGUGAGUAAGCUUCAGCUCAAGAAGAAAAAAACUAUCGCUACAAGCUCUACAUCAUCUUUCACUGAAUUUGAUUUUGAAGCCAAAGAGCAGCACAUGCAAAAGAAAUUAGAGGAAAUGAACAAAAAGGCAAAACUGUUCAGGAUCGCUGUUGACAAGGUCAACAAGCAUAUGAAAUUCGGAAAGCUUAAAAGAUAAUUAAUACUAAUUAGCUGCAAC